AUGGGGAAAGGGAGAGGGAUGGGCAAUAGGGGAGGGUUGGGGAAAGAGGAGAAAUGGGGAAAGGGAGAGGGAUUGGGAACGGGGAGGAUAGGGAAAAGGGAGAGGGAUGAGGGAAGGGAGGGGAUGGUGAUAGGGAUAGGAAUGGACAAAGGUAGAUGGAUUGGGAAAGGGAGAAGGACGGGGAAAGGGGGAGGGCUGGGGAAAGGGAGAAUGAUGGGGAAUCGGAGAGGGAUAAGGACAAGAGGGGAUUGGGAAAGGGAGAUGAAUGGGCUAAGGCAGAGGGAUGGUGGAGAGAGAGGGAAGGGAAAAGGGAGAGGGAUGGGAAAAGGCAGAGGGAUGGGAAAAGUUAGAGGGAUGGGGAAAGGGAGAGGGAUGGGGAAAGAUACAGGGAUGGAGAAAGGGAGACGGGUGGGCAAAGUGAGAGGGAUGGGAAAGAGGGAGGGUUGGGGAAAGGAGAGGGAUGGGGAAAGGGAGAGGGAUGGGGAAGGGGAGGAUGGGGAAAAGGGAGAGGGAUGA